AUGUCUUCUCCCUCUCUCUCUCUCUGGUCUAGGAAACUGGCUCUCCAAUCCGAAGAACUCAAUUCACUCCUCCAAACCUCAACAACUAAGCUCCAAAGUCACCAACAAGAGCUCAAUACCCUUCUAAAUACUUGCAAAGAGGAAAUCAACCAUACUCAAAAGCAAAUCGAACUUGCCUUUCUAAAGCGAGAUGAUGAAGUCCAUGCACAGCUUACAGUCCUUCGCCGUCUUACCCAAACCACCGCCGAUCUACUCCAUACGUUCGAGGCAAAACUCACACUUCUUGAAACGCUUCACACGAUUCAUCAAAAGCUACACUGCCACGACUUGAUUUUCCGUGACCUCGAGCAGGGGCAGAAGCGUCUCGCAAUCAAGCAGGAUAGAAUGGCCGAUGAACAGAAUUUACAAACCAAUAUGUUGAAAGAUAUUCUGCAUAUCGUGGGGAAGAUUAAAACUGAAAAGCGGGUGGGUUUGGAGGAAGAAAGGGAGAUACAAGACUCCUUUGAGGUAGUGAAUGAUAUAAAAGUGGUCCCUAUUGCUGGCUCUAAACGGCAACGCCGAUUACUUUCUGAUGAGGAAAUUCACGAUGAUGAGGGCGAUGGUGAUGGAGUGGGUGAUAAUCGAUUUACCAAUAGACAGGACUCUUUAGAGCUCCUGUCAGUUGAGGAGAUGAAGGAUACGGCAAGAGAGUCCCGGGUGCUUGCAAUUGGGGAGAAUGGGAAGGCCAGUACUGGAGGUGGUACUGGAGGGGGGUUGGGAGCAAAUAUGGUCGAAAGACCAAUGAAAAGAAAGCUGCUUAGUACCAUGGAUGUGGAUCAAUUCUCUGCUGAUGAAAUGUGA